AUGGGCACCUGGGUCUUCCUCACCACCCUUUUCCUUCUCUGCCUGACUCCUGAGACCCUACAAGGCGGCUUUGGGAGCCCAAAUGGCUACAGAUCAGGCUAUGGCACCGUCGGUGGGCUGGGAGCAGGAUUCAGGAAGGGGAACCAGCUGAGAGCCCAGCCAGGCCCUCCAGCUCAGAAUGGCUAUGGAGCAGGUAUUGGAGGAAGUACGAAACCUCAGAAGCCAGGGUAUGGAAACAGGUACAGGCUGGUAGCAGGGUCCUUCCUAGGUGCUGCAGCCCAGCCAGGCUUUGGAGGGGGUGUGAAGUCCCAGAAGCCAGGAUAUGGAACUGGGAUCCUGGGAGCUGGAACCUUCCCAGGGGUGGGAGCCCUACCUGGUUAUGGCAAUGGAAAUGGACCGGCAGCUGGGCUAGGGUACACGCCAGGGAGUGACCAGGGGCUUCCACCAGGCCUGAGUGUGGAUGGGAAAGCUCAGAAGCCGGCGAGAUAUGGCAGUGGAAAUGGGCUGUCGGCCCAGCCAGGUCCUUGCAAUGUGGGAGUCACUCCACUGCUCACCCCCAGGCCUCCCACUCCAGGGGUUCCUUCAGAUAAAAGGGGCGACUGGAGCCAGAAAUCCCAGCACCCUCCCACAGUCCAGAGGGACAAGUUCCCAGGCUACCAGCCUCCCAGUGGCCUUGGACCAGGAGCAGAACAGGGUUUUGGUGGUGACCUUCAGCUGCAGGAAGUUGGUUUUGAUUAUAGGAAUGGAGCUCUGGGAACCAGGGUCUUCCUAGGGGCCCACCCACAGCCAGGGUUCCCUGAGGUCAACAACUUUAAGAAUGGGAACCUUGAGGGGAAGAGAGGCAACAGUGACCAGCUGGGAAAUGGUUAUGGAGUUUGCGUCAGCUGGUGGAAGAGACGCGGAGGGCCGCUAGCGCAUCGGCCUCUGAUUGGCUGGAGCGCGGCAGCGUGCACCUCCGUUUGCCUGGCCGUGCGCAGCGCGACUCGGGGCCACGGUCCUGGGGUACCAGGCACCAGCGAGCGGCGCGCGCCGGAUCCUGGGGUGGCGGCAGCAGCCAAACUGGCGGCGCGGCUGCCCCGCUCCCGCUCGCACCCGCGGCUCGCCCGCGGCCGCGUCCACUCCCAGCUGGGCCGUGCCCGCGCGUCGCUGCCGCCUACGCCGCCGCCCCCGCGGUCCCUGCCUCACCCGCCGCUACCGUGCCUGCCGCCGGACCUGAGCUCCGGGGCCCCGCCGCCCUGGGCCCUCGCCCGGGCUGAGCUGCCACCGCUGCCCGCUCUCCCACUGCGACCCGAGCCCCUGGCGCCCUGGGGCCCCCGCGACCACCUGGCCUUGCCGGAGCUGCCGCCGGAAGCCUGCGCGCCCGCGCUACCUGCCUCGGCGCUCGCCCUGCAGGACCUGCCGCGCCUGCCCGCGCCCGCGCCGCCGCCCGCGCACCUGCCGCUGCCGCCGCUGCCCGAGGCCGCGGUCGCCACCGCGCCGGGGCCCGUGGGCGCGCGCGGACGUCCGCCCCUGCUUGACGAGCCGCCGCCGCAGCCCCUCCCACCGCUGCCUGCGCGACCCUCGCCUUUCAACCUGCUGGCGCUGCCCGCACCCCGCGACCCCUGGCCGCUGCCCGUCUUCCCUCCGCCCCCACCUCCUCACUUCUUCCUGUCGCCGCCUUGCUGACUGACUCCCUCCCGAGGCCACCCGCCGCAGAGCCAGCGGACAGGUGGCAGAGGCUCAGGUAACCACACAGAUGGCCGAUCCCCACCGACUUUCUACGGCAGCACAGCAGUGGUAACAGGAAACCAAUCUUGACUUUGAGGGACUUCUAAGAGCCCAGAAUUCACCAACAAGAGGGUAGUGCAUUAAGUUCCAUGGCUGUGAUAACAAAUCAUCACAAACUGAGUGGCCCAGGUCUGCAGAAGUCUGCUCUCAGUUCUGGAGGCCAAAAUCCCAGAUACAGGCAUUGGCAGGGUCUCUCUCUCUAUCGCGCUCUCUCUCUCUCUCUCUCUCUCUCUCUCUCUCUCUCUCUCUCUCUGAGGCACUAGAGAAGGAUUCUUCUUGCCUUUCCCAGUUUCUGGUGGCUCCAAGCCCUCCUUGACUUGGUCCUUAUCACUCCAGUCUCUGCCUACCCCACAAGCUUCUCUGUGCCUUUCUCACAUCUCUCUGUUUUCAUCUGUCCUUGGAUUACGGGACCCACCCUCAAUCCAUGAUCUCAUCUUGAAAUCCUUCUUGUAAUUACAUUUGCAAAGAUCCUUUUAUCAGGUAAGGUAGCAUUCCCAGGUUCUACAUUUUGAUUGUGAAUCGCCAUGAACUCCAUACAGGCAGUGUCCUCCCCUGUUGAGCUGGCCCAACUCCCUACCUGUUUUCCCAGAACUUCUAGGACUUGUCCCUUACUGACCAGGGUACUACUGGAGCCUUGGGCAGGAGCCAGUGGUACUAGUAUUUUGCUAAAGCUCUUACUGGCACCAGAAGAAAACAAAGUGACUGUGUUUUUCCUCUGAAUUAUGGCCAAGUUCCCAUCCUCUUAACUUGCUGCUUCUUCACCCCACUUUGUAUUGUGUAGCCCUCCCCUCAACUAAGAAGUGGACAGCAGAGACAAUGAAUACCUUCCUUUAAGGACAGCACUAUGGGGACCCCACCCUCAAAGCUCUGGAGUCAUACCUACUGCUGGUUGAAAGAAGACAAUCACAACUGAUAAUAAAGUUAAUUGUU